CAAACACAUAACAACCGCUUACUUUGAAAUUAUCUCAACGGUGAACACCAGAUGGAGAAAUGUGAUCUAACACCUUCAGAGAUUUCUCGAUACAGCAGACAGCUCAUUCUUCCUCAGUUUGGUGUUUCAGGUCAACUAAAACUUCGAUCUGGACGUGUACUUAUUGUGGGAUGUGGAGGUCUUGGAUGUCCAGCCGCAGUUUACCUUGCCGCUGCUGGAGUUGGCACAAUUGGUCUUGUUGAUGAUGAUAAAGUUGAAUUAAAUAAUCUUCAUCGUCAAGUUGCACAUUCAGAAUCGACAAUAAAUAUGUUGAAAGUUAAUUCACUUGCGAAUAGAUGUAUGGAAUUAAAUUCAGAAGUUAAUAUACAAGCACAUGAAAUUCACUUGGAUCACAUGAAUGCAGUUGAUAUUAUAAAAACAUAUGAUGUAGUUGUAGACUGUUCAGACAACUUGGCAACACGUUACCUUAUUAAUGAAGCCUGUGCAGUAACUGGACCUAAACCAUUAGUGAGUGGUAGCGCCUUACGUUUGGAAGGACAAAUGACUGUAUAUCUUACCAAGCGAAUUCUCUCCUCAGAGGAAGUGUUGUCUUCAAGUGACCUUCCUGCUGAGUAUCGAGCUCCAUGUUUUCGUUGCCUUUAUCCUGUUCCACCACCGGCAAGUAGUGUUCAAGGUUGUUCAGAAGCUGGUGUUUUUGGGGUAGUUCCAGGUAUAAUCGGCACUAUGCAGGCUGCUGAAGUCAUCAAAAUACUAACUGGUGUUGGUGAUGUUCACACGGGUAGACUAUUUCUUUUGGAUGUUGAGCGUAAUUUGACUCGUUCAGUAAAAUUAAGGGAACCUCGACCAGAUUGUCCUGUCUGUGGAAAUGAUGCAGUGAAAAACAGUGUAGACAGACCUUUAACUAAUUAUGUUUUAUUCUGUGGAACACCCAGUUGUGACAAGCCGCGCAAUAUGAAUAUGAGAAUGGACAAUCACCGUAUUACUGUUCAACAAUUAAAAGGCUACAUUGACUCUCAAUUGCCAUAUUUACUUAUCGAUGUUCGUCCGAAAACUGAAUUCGACAUAUGUCAUCUAAAGUCAUCUAUGCUUUUUGUACAAACGAUUUGGUUGCGCGAUGUAUCCCAUUCAUUUAUUAAAAAUAUGGCCGUCCAGUACUUCAAGGUUUGCAAUAGUGGUCUAGCUUAGAACGACUCAUGAAGUCAACUGUUAAAAAUAUUAAAAAUACCACAAGAAUUAAUUUUUUGUGUCCCCGAAUUCACAUAAAAUCUAAUCACUCAUUAUCUAUGAUUGUAACUUGCCUGCAGAUAUCGGUUUUUUUCUGGCGAGAUGUAAAUACUCACUAUGGUGUAUUUCAUGACUUGAUAAUAGACAUAACGCACCUGGCUACUUAAUCAUCAAAUCUUGAAUGUUUUAAUCUCAUGAAAUUAAGUUUGAUAUGAACUGUUGAACCUGCUAAUAGUCUUUAGUACUCAACAUGUAAUUACAAUACAAUACAUUUUCUAUACAGAGUAUCUUCCUGACGUCCAUAUAACGUUACGAUUUACUGAUAAUUUCCUUUCCCUUCAGUAAAGAUUCCAGUCUAGGGAUUAUUAUAAUAACUAAUUGAUUUCUAAUGAUUUAACUUAUUAUCUAUCGGUGAAUAAUAUAUGAUAAAUACUAAUUUUUUUGUAGAUGUACCCGUAAGUGAACUUUUUCGUGAUUCAGUCAUAUCAGAAAUUCGACAAAUGAUUGAUACCCAAAUUACCAAAGGAGCUACUCUACCUUUUCCUGUAAUUCUCUUGUGUUAUCGUGGUAAUAAGUCGGCAGAAGCUGCACCACUUUUGAAAAGCGCACUAUUAUCUCUCCGAUGUUCGAAUUCUGACCAUGAUCUAAAUGGUAAAAUUAAUCAUUCGAUACAAGAAGAGUUAAACAGUUUUAAUACUGAAUCAAAUCCUAGUGAAUUUAUAGUUUGUGAUGUUGCUGGAGGUCUUUCUGCAUGGGCACUGGAGAUCGAUCCCAACUUUCCUACAUACUGACUCGCUCAAACAGUUAUUAUUUUUAUUAAACUAGACAAUCAUGCAAAAUUUCAACUUAAUUGAUAUUUCAUUUGUACUUAUAUGAAUAAAGUUGGUUUGUACAUUAUAUAUAUAUAUUCCUAAUUA